GGAGGACAUCUGGUCACGUGGGCUACCGGUAUCCAAGCAGAAGGGGUGAAAUGGAGAACUUUCGAACCACCACCUCUUAGCGAAGCAACUCACGGGAAGAGAGGGAGUCUCAAAAAAAGACAGCAAAGCAAACAGGCAAGGGGCAAGACUGAAAGAGCGAGCGAGAGAGAGGGAGAGGCAGAUAGAGAGGGAGAGACAUAGAUAAGGAGUAGGAGUUGUGCUGACUUGGAAGCACAUGCUGAGAAAAUGCCCACAAACUUCACUGUCGUCCCUGUGGGUGGCGACCAGAAGUCAUCUCAAGAGGACAGAGGCGCUCACAAUGUUCUGAAGGAGGAAGAUGAAGAAGUUUCAGGUGAUGGAAACCCAAAGGAAAGCAGUCCGUUCAUUAACAACACAGACAAUGAUAGAGGAACCCUGUACGAUGGGAAAAACAUGGCACUGUUUGAGGAAGAAAUGGAUAGCAACCCCAUGGUGUCAUCAUUACUCAGCAAACUGGCCAACUACACCAACCUCACUCAGGGGGUUCGGGAGCACGAGGAGGCAGAUGAGGAGGAGGGAGCAAAAAAGCAAACUGUUAAAAGUCCACAGAUGGGGACGUUCAUCGGCGUCUACCUGCCCUGCCUACAGAAUAUCCUAGGGGUCAUCCUGUUUCUGAGAAUGACCUGGAUUGUGGGCACUGCAGGCAUUCUGGAGGCCUUUAUCAUUGUGGCUAUGUGCUGCUCUUGUACGAUGCUUACAGCCAUAUCUAUGAGUGCCAUUGCUACAAAUGGAGUAGUACCAGCUGGAGGGUCGUAUUACAUGAUCUCCCGGUCGCUGGGCCCAGAGUUUGGAGGGGCCGUAGGACUGUGUUUCUAUCUGGGCACCACAUUUGCUGGAGCCAUGUACAUUCUUGGUACUAUAGAGAUUCUUUUGACUUACAUAGUGCCCAGUGCUGCAAUCUUUAAAGCAGAAGACAAGGCUUAUGAGGCGGAGGCCAUGCUGAACAACAUGCGAGUGUAUGGCACCUGCUGCCUGACCCUGAUGGCACUGGUGGUGUUUGUUGGCGUGAAGUAUGUCAAUAAGCUGGCUCUGGUCUUUCUGGCUUGUGUUGUCCUCUCCAUUCUGGCCAUUUAUGCUGGAGUCAUUAAGACCAUUUUUGAGCCGCCGGUCUUUCCGGUCUGCUUGUUGGGCAACCGCACCCUCAAGAACCACGGCUUUGAUAAAUGCGCAAAGACAGAUAUAAUCGGCAAUGUGACCGUCACCACAAAACUGUGGUCUCUCUUCUGUGACUCCCCUGAACUCAACUCCACCUGCAACGAAUACUUUACCCUUAACAAUGUUACAGAGAUCCCUGGCAUUCCUGGUCUCACCAGCGGAGUCAUCUCAGAGAACAUGUGGUCGAGCUAUGGCCCUGCUGGCAUGCUGGUGGAGAAAGCCAUUGAUGCAAUGGAAGCUUCUGAAACAACUAGAGACGUGAACCUGCCCUAUGUGGUCAAUGACAUUGCCACCUUCUUCACACUGCUGGUCGGAAUCUACUUCCCUUCAGUUACAGGUAUAAUGGCUGGAUCUAACCGGUCUGGAGAUCUGAGGGAUGCACAGAGGUCUAUUCCCAUAGGAACCAUUCUCGCUAUAGCGACUACUACCAUCAUCUACCUCUCCUGUGUGGUGCUGUUUGGAGCUUGCAUUGAUGGAGUAGUUCUCAGAGACAAGUUUGGAGACUCUGUCAGAGGAAACUUGGUGAUUGGUACUCUGUCCUGGCCCUCCCCCUGGGUGAUUGUGAUUGGCUCCUUCUUCUCCUGCUGUGGGGCAGGUCUGCAGAGUCUCACUGGUGCCCCCCGGCUGCUCCAAGCCAUCGCUCGGGAUGGCAUAGUGCCUUUUUUAGAGGUUUUUGGCCAUGGCAAAGCGAAUGGAGAGCCCACCUGGGCCCUGCUGCUCACUGCUGGGAUCUGUGAGACAGGCAUUCUCAUCGCUUCACUGGAUGCAGUGGCCCCUAUUCUCUCCAUGUUUUUCCUGAUGUGUUACCUGUUUGUGAACCUGGCCUGUGCUCUCCAGACUCUUUUGCGCACACCCAACUGGAGGCCACGCUUCAAAUAUUAUCACUGGGCGCUGUCCUUCCUGGGUAUGAGCUUGUGUCUUGCCCUGAUGUUCAUCUCUUCCUGGUACUAUGCCCUGGUGGCCAUGCUUAUUGCUGGCUGUAUCUACAAAUACAUUGAGUACAGAGGUGCUGAGAAAGAAUGGGGUGAUGGCAUCCGUGGGAUAUCGCUCAAUGCAGCCCGCUACGCACUCAUUCGACUGGAGGAAGCACCACCACAUACUAAGAACUGGAGGCCUCAGCUGCUGGUUCUGCUGAAUUUGGACUCGGAGCUGCGGGUGAAGCACCCUCGUCUCCUCUCCUUCACCACACAACUCAAAGCAGGCAAGGGCCUGACUAUUGUGGGUUCAGUGCUUGAGGGGACCUAUCUCACCAAGGACAGUGAGGCCAAGAAAGCAGAACAGAACAUCAAGACAGCGAUGGCUACAGAAAGGACUAAAGGCUUCUGCCACGUUGUGGUGUCAUCCAACCUGCGCGAUGGUAUCUCACAUCUCAUCCAGUCUGCGGGUCUUGGGGGCAUGAAGCACAAUUCGGUGCUCAUGGCUUGGCCUGGAUCAUGGAAACAAUCCAAUGACCCUCUCUCAUGGAAAAACUUUAUAGAGACUGUAAGAGAGACUACUGCAGCUCACCAGGCUCUACUGGUGGCUAAAAAUGUGGACAGCUUCCCUCACCAAGAAAGGCUUGGAGAGGGCACUAUAGACGUGUGGUGGAUUGUCCACGAUGGAGGAAUGCUCAUGCUGCUGCCCUUCCUCCUCCGCCAGCACAAGGUUUGGAGGAAGUGUAAGAUGCGCAUCUUCACUGUGGCCCAGAUGGAUGACAAUAGCAUUCAGAUGAAGAAAGACCUGCAGAUGUUCCUGUAUCAUCUUCGACUGGACGCUGAGGUCGAGGUUGUAGAAAUGCACGAAAGUGAUAUAUCAGCUUUCACCUAUGAGAAGACCCUGGUUAUGGAGCAGCGCUCACAGAUGCUGAAGCAGAUGCAGCUCUCAAGGACUGAGCGGGAAAGAGAGAUUCAGAGCAUCACUGACGAAUCUCGUAGCUCCAUUCGGAGGAAGAACCAAACUGGUGCCCAGUGCUCAGGCUCAAGUAACCAGGGAGCUCCACUGGAGGACGAGAAGGACAAUGAGGUAGCUCAGCUCAUUCAUGACAAGAACACAGCGUCUCACGCAGCUCUGAACGACAAAGCAGACGCCACUCCUGACCGGGUCCACAUGACCUGGACCAAAGAGAAGUUAUUCACUGAACGCAAUCGCAACCGAGAGCCAAACACCAACAUGGGUGUGCGGGACCUGUUCAACAUGAAACCAGAGUGGGAGAGUCUCAAUCAGUCCAAUGUUCGCCGCAUGCAUACUGCUGUGAAGCUGAACGAGGUGGUGGUGAACAAGUCCCAAGGAGCCCAACUGGUUCUCCUCAACAUGCCGGGACCUCCGAAGAACCGGGGAGGAGAUGAAAAUUAUAUGGAGUUCCUGGAGGUUUUGUUAGAAGGCCUCAACCGGGUCCUGCUGGUGCGCGGAGGUGGUCGGGAGGUUAUCACCAUCUACUCAUAGACUCCCUUGCUGCCCUGAAAUCUCUUUGAAUAGAGUCAUAUUUUUUAACAGCAUGGCCAAGUAUUAAUGGCAAAGCUGGGACUGGGUUAGUGGCAUUAUGGAGGACUGUGGUGCGUCUGGAGAGACUGCGGGGAUUCGGCCUUUGUGACCAGAGAGCAGAGGAAAACCACUGAAGACGUCGUUUCAGGCAAGACGCAAGAGCACCACAGGCCAAAGGACGAAGCAGCAUAACGACACUUUAACUUGCGCUUGUUGAUUCUCUGUUCUGUUGUGUGAAUCUUUUCUUUUUCCUGAUUUUUCUCCCUGCCAUCCGUGUUCGUGUUCAGUGAAGGAUGUGUCAUUUCAGCAAGCUGUCUAUGGAAAUGUUUGAUGUGUGUACUAACAUCAUCAUCUGUUGUUGCUUUGUUGUUGUUGUUGUUUUUUUUAGCUUUUUUUAUGUAUUAUGGUUUUUUGAAGGAAUUGAUUUCUUUAAAAAAAGGUGCACAUGACCUGGCUGUGUCUGUUUCAUAGCCAUGGUUGGCUCUUUGCUGUUUGUUUCUGCAGCAACUUCUGUGUGUUUUUUAAGCCUGGCAGACAGGAUUUUAUUACUGUCGCUCUGUUUUGCUGCUGAUCAGCAGGAGGCAGUGUUAUAAAGUACUCAGCCGGGAUAGCACUGUGCACUACAGCAGCACUCAGCGUAGCUCUAGAGGCAAAAACUUAUUUUCAUAGAAAGUUUCUGAUUUGCAAACCGUUACAUUUUGCAUUCAAAUACAUUCACAUUAUAUUUUUUUUGUUUGGUUUCAUUUUUUUUUUGUUAAUGUGAAGAAAAAAUCUCUCUUUAUACUCAAAUCACACAUCGGGGUGCACAUCCUAAUUUUAUGUCAUUUUAUGAUGUUUUUGUAAGGGACUCCUUGUUUGUGAUCUGUAUCAGAGAUUCUCAAACUAAGGUUCAGAUUCACAUAUCAAGAGAGUAUUUUUUUUUUGUUGUUGUUCGCAAAUCCUAGUUGUGUCCGCUUUAGUGGUAUGUUUGUGUUUGUGUGUGUGUGUACACAUGUGUGUGUGUUGGGGCAGGGGGCAUUCAUUUUGAAGAAAGUUAGGAAUGUUAUUUUACUGAAUAUUAUUUAAUUGGAUUUGUGCAAUAUUUUUUUUUUCUUUCUUUCAUCUCAUCACCUACCAUUUCGUCAUUGUCAGCAUCCGGUUGCUUAGAGGUUUGUUAUUGUGAUCUUGUAUGGUAGUUCAAUACCAUCAGUGCUCCAGGAAUAUAGCCAUAGUAACAAUGAUGUAAGACCUUCAGCAGUCUCUGACCUCUACCAAAUUGAAGAUGCAAACCACGAAUCCUUAAGGGUUGUUGGAGAACCCUGUCGUACUGGCUUCAUUCACUGAGCUGCACUCGGUGUUGAUCUGGACAAUAUGGAGAACGUAUUAGAUUCUGCAAAAACUGCAAGCACAAUACAAUAUGUAUUCGAAACCAGCACAACAGGAAGUAAUCCACAAAGCUUUAAAGCAUUUUCCAACGGGUCAUAUGACAUGCCUGGCCUUCACUACCAAAGCUACUCGUUUCUGUUAUUUUGGAACAGCUCAUUUAGUUUCUGCCUUGACAUCCGUGUGUUAGUUUUAUGAGGUGAUCCCCUUUAAAUGGCAUGAACUUUUAGUUAUGUUACUGCUACAGCGGAUACCGGACGCGGACCAACUCGACUGAGUUGAGCACUGACAAUCACUGAAAAUAGAGCUCACAGGGCUUCUAAAUUCAGGCUGAAGAGUGUAGAAGAAAAGCCACAUGGACAGAUGGGGCAUACACUCUUAUUGUACAUGUCCACUUGCACAUUUGCCUUGACAUAUCUAUGCUAUUCAUUAAUAUCAGUGGAGAGAGCUGUGGCACUCUGGAAUACAUUUUCUCGAACUGGACCAAACUAAAUUCUAAUUAAAUACCCCUGGUCUAGCCAAUCAGGGAGGAGUUGGCUGGUAUGAUACCAUGAAAUAGCAGCUAAUAAUUGCAACAUCUGGAUUUCCAGAUUUAGAUUAAAAUGAGAUUGAAUAGUUAAACAUUUGAAAUCUUAAAAACAAAGCUGCCUACUUCCAGAGUGUCCAGUUGUUUUGAAAAAUGUCACAGACACCCACACACAGCGAGACGAGAGAUCUGGUACGGCAAAACGUGUUGAAGAAAAGUGCAAGUGGACUGGUACUGUUAAAAAAUUUUGGUGCUUCAAUUGUUUUUUUGAACAAUGCCAUAGCAGGACCACAUAAGGUUUGUUAUAGACAUGUCACGCAUUCCUAUUACAAACAUGAUUCAUUUUUAAGAGUGUAGCUACAGUCCAAGUGUGAGGAGCAAAUUCAUAAGAGAUCGUAAUCUUUCAACAGACGUGACAAGCUGUUAAUAAUUAAAUAAAUACUGUUAAGUAUAUUGAAUCCAUUGACAAUAUUUUUGUGCAGGUUUCAAGUUCAGAUUUGAAUCUAAUCUGAUGUAUUUGUAUGAAAGAUUUUUUUGUGUGCCAAAAGACAAACAAAGUAAGUGUUGUUUGUUUGUAUGUAUGUUUUUUUUUUCCUUUUUGUGUAAGCCUCUGUGGCUUAAUGCUUUCAUAGUGUACCCUAAAUCUGUUUUCUUAGUCAGUUAAUGGAUAAAAGCAUGAAUGCAAACCUUUUUUAAAUAAAGUACCAGUCAAAAGUUGUUUUUUUAUUUUAUUUUGUACAUUGUAGAUUGAUAGUGAAGACAUUAAGGAACACUGUGAAGGGACACAUAUGGGAUUACUGUAUGUAGUAGUAAUCAUUUUGCUUUGAUAGCAUUUUCUCAGCUUAAUGAGAGUUUUUCAGCAAUCCUCAGAGUUCUCAGAGGUGAUUUGUGGCGCAACUCACACCAAACCAUCUUAACUGGGUUCACGUUAAGUGAUUGUGGAGGCCAAUUACCUUUUUCACUAGUUCUCUACAACGCUCCAUGUGUUUCUACAUAGUUCUGAUGUAUUUAAUGUUAAUUUAUAGUAUAAAAUAUAACUAAAAAGUGAGAAGGUGUGUCCACACUUUUGACUGGUACUGUAUGUGUUUCUAUUAUAGCCACUUGUGUGAGGUGGAAUUGGCUAGAAUCUUCCUCUUGUUCAUGUUAUUUAUGAAGAAAAAUUGUAUCAGAAAGAGCGUUAUCAGUUUGUUUUGGUCCAGGUUGGCCCCAUUGGUUUGAGAUGCAGUACAGGCCUGAGUGGUGAAAAAGGGACACCUCACUGUAUAGAUUUGGACAGAUUCUUUUCAGCUGAUUUUUUUCUCUCUUCUUAGCUGUGCAGUAUUUUGUAACCAGAACGUUGUAUUUUUCUACAGUACAUUGUGAUGUCAUCAGAGAACCGUCCACAGAAAGCGAAUUCGUGGAAAGGACUGAAUUCUCUUUCUGUGGAGUUUACCAUCAAUAUCUACCCAUGCACUAGUUUACUUAGGCUUACUGUGGUGUCUGUGGUUGUAGUUUCUGCACUUGAGUUAUGUUGCUCUUAAGUGUUUUGACUGAAUUUAGUAGAAACUGUGUUUUUUAACAUGGGGAGGAGUAAGUGUGUAUGAGUUUGUUCAAUUGUUUUUUUUUUCUUAUUAAUCUUUUCUUUUUUUUUCUCUCUCUACACAUUGGAGACAUACCAUGCUGUUCUGGUUCAAAUUUAUCUGUUAUGGGACCAGGAUAAUAAAUGGGUUACAGUGAUGUUACGAAACCCUUGUUAUCACAAUAUUCCACAACAUUUCAUCACCAAAGAUUGUCACCGUAUAUCAGAACGUAAAGAGGGUUUUUGUUAUAAUUUUGAGUAAAAACAUGCUAAGAGUGAACUGUUGUGAGCUACUAAAGCAGAACCUGACAGGAGAUACUGACUGACGUCUGGCUGCACUGUUGUUUGUAGCUCUGUGUGAUUGCUGUCUCAUGUUAAAAGGUUAACAGGCCGCUUCUAUGACUGACUGGUUUAUUUAUACACAGAGGACACUUGUGUUGCUUUCUAUAACAGGAGACAUGGAAGAACAUUGUGACUGUAUGAAUCAGAGAAAGCACAAGAGAAGAAAACACACAGCAAGCUAACAAAGAAAAGGAUUUAGAAAUUGAUUUUACAGGUGAGCGUCUAAAGACCUCUGGCGUUUUGAGUCUAAAAAAUAUUUUAAAAAACUGUGUAUUAGUCCAGUUACGAGGUUCACACUCGACCCAAACCCAUACGAGCCUUGUUCUUUUAAUGCUGUUCUGUUCCAGGAUUCAACAUCGGCACACAUUCUGCUAGGAGGAGACAUGUGGGUACACAAAUAGGAGGAGAACCCUUUAAGUUAAAUUUGUGCCUCUGAGUAAUUUAAAUAAAAGUGCUGAAACAUUA